UAUUGAAGCUUGGUUCAUAAAUAAAUACAAUUUCUGCUUCAUUAUCAUAUAAUUUUAACCCUUCAAAUUCUAAUGAACUUGAAAAUGAUCAUGUAAUGCCAGCCACGUGAAUUCAAAUUCCUAAGCAGUGUACAGACACAGCUAUGUGUAUAUGUAUAUAUAUAUAUAUAUAUAUAUAGGAAUUAAGAAUCCAGUUUGGCAGCUUUAACUUUUUCUAUGAAACACUUUUAACUGUCAAUCUAACUAAACACAGUUGCUCCAGCUCUAUACGUUACAAAAUAGUUGCUCUAUACGUUAGCUGUCGGGUAAUAAGCCGCCAUUUAUUAACUCAUUCCAGCUCCUAUAUUUAAAUUUCAAACGGCCAUGCACUUCACUGAGUUCACACUGCUUCCUUUCUUCUUGUUUUUUUUCUGUUUUUCACACACUGUGUGUCUCUUUUAGUUGUGGUUUUUUUUCCUAGUUUGAGUCUGGCUUUUCAGGAGGUUUGGGAUUGUUAACAAUGGAUGAUGUGUAUGCGAAGUUUAUUAGCAGAAUGAACCCCACAAGAGUUGUGAUUGACAAUGAAUCUUGUGAACAUGCCACUAUUAUAGAGGUUGUUAGUGCUAAUAGGCAUGGAUUACUCCUUGAAGUUGUCCAAGUACUUACAGACUUGAACCUCAUCAUAACAAAAGCAUACAUCUCCUCUGAUGGAGGAUGGUUCAUGGAUGUGUUUAAUGUGACUGACUGUGAUGGGAACAAAAUUAGAGAUGAAGGUUUUCUAAAUUAUAUACAAAAGACUCUUGAAACUGAUGCAUUGAGAGGGCUAAAUGGGGUAAUGCCCUGCAAGGAGCACACAUCAAUUGAACUAACCAGCACUGACAGGCCGGGGUUGUUGUCAGAAGUUUUUGCAGUGCUCACAGACCUAAGAUGCAAUGUGGUAAAUAGUGAAAUCUGGACACACAAUUCUAGAGCUGCAGCUGUUAUUUAUGUCACAUACCAGGAAACUGGAGGAGCAAUUGAAGAUCCAAAACAGCUCUCCAAGAUGAAUGAACUGCUAUGCAAUGUCCUCAAAGUAAAUAGCAAUUUUAAGACGCCAAGAUUGACAAUAUCCUCCUCUGGGAUAAUGCACACACAAAGAAGAUUACAUCAGAUGAUGUUUGCUGAUAGGGAUUUUGAAAGGCUUGAAGGUGUCAAGCAUAGUUCAAGAAACCAUGUUUGUGUAUUAGAUUGCAAUGAUAGAGACUAUACCGUCGUCACUGUAAGAUCCAAAGACAGGCCAAAACUUUUAUUUGACACUCUGUGCUCUCUAGCAGAUAUGCAAUAUGUGGUAUUCCAUGGGACAGUCAUCACAGAAAGAAUGGAAGCUUACCAGGAAUACUACAUUAGACAUAUGGAUGGGCUUCCUGUAAGUUCAGAAGCUGAGCGACAACGUGUUAUAGAAUGCCUUGAAGCAGCCAUCGAGAGGCGAGCCUUUGAGGAACUGGAAUUAGAACUGUGCACUGAUGACAGACUUGGACUCCUUUCAGAUAUUACCAGGAUAUUUCGUGAAAAUGGUUUGUGCAUUAAGCAAGCAGAGAUCUCAACAAGGAGUGGGACAGCAAAAGACACUUUCUUUGUCACAGAUGCGUAUGGCAAACAUGUUGACCCUAAAAUCAUUGGUUUGAUUAAGCAACAGAUAGGACAAAACAUAUUACAGGUUAAAGGGAACUUGAAUACGUCUCCGAAACUUCCUCAGGAGACGGCAAGAAGUUUCCUCUUCACAAACCUUUUUAGAAGUCUUAGCUCUCAAAAUUUUGGGCUCAUAAGAUCCUAUCCAUAGUUUGCUCAUGCUCUUUCUUGGAAGGAACAAUGACGGGACAUUGAGGGCUGCCUUUUGAACUAUACUAGGGACAGAACACAAUCAUGUUAUAGACUUAUAGUCACCAUCUAUGCUAGGAAUGAUUGUAAACCAUUUAUUUGGGCUGUGUGUAUGUUUUUUUGUACAGGGUGAAACGAAUAAAUUGUACAGAUAUAAGGUAAAAUUUGAUUA